AUGGCUAGCUAUGCAUUGAUUAGGCUUGCUAUGUUUGUGGCCUUGUGCAUGGUGGUGAGUGUACCCAUAGCCUAUCCCAUAACAUGUGACCAAGUGUCCCGCAACCUCGUUCCAUGCCUAGACUACUUGAGGAAUUGCGGAGCUGUCCCUAAACCUUGUUGCAGAGGAAUUAGCAACCUCAAUGACUUGGGAAGAACCACCGCUGAGCGCCGGACCAUUUGCAAUUGUCUGAAACAGAAUGCUUCUAGCUUGACCGGAGUUAAUCCAACCUUGGCAGAAGAGCUUCCCGCCAAGUGUGGAGUCAAUGUUCAGGGGUGGCCCUGA